UUUCUACCUCGCUGAAAUCACUUUGGCUAUCGGCCAUUUGCACUCGAUGGGAAUAAUAUAUCGAGACCUAAAACCGGAAAAUGUUCUACUCGAUAUCGAGGGGCACGUGAAGCUCACAGACUUUGGCCUCUCCAAGGAACGCGUUGAUUGUGAUCAUCUGACCCAUACUUUCUGCGGGACGAUCGAAUAUAU